UUUACUGUUUCAAAGCGCACAACGCAUUCAGACGUUGAUCGAAAAUGUAUUGAGAAUUGGGCGAUGUUAAGUUAAUUUUAUGUGUAAGAUGGUGUAAUUUAAUUGUGUUACGAAAAUGAACUGUAUUAUUUUUAUAUCUUUGUUUCUUUGCGCGGUAACACAACUAAGUUUUGGAUAUGUUCCACAGAAGCGCCUACUGACAGUAUACUACGAAAGCAAGUGUCCGGACAGCAAGAAAUUUAUACUGGACCAAUUACAACCGGCCAUCGAACUACUGCAUCGAUACAUCAAGCUCAAACUCAUACCGUUUGGAAAGUCUAGGAGUAUAAACUACGGCGACGAUGGCUUUGAAUGCCAGCACGGGCCUGAGGAGUGCCUCGGCAAUAUAGUACAGGAGUGCGCGCUGCGGCACAUGAGAGACCACAACGAUGUACAGCGCGUCACCUACGUUGUCUGCGAAAUGGCUUCGACGUUCGGCGCUCGCGGCAGUCUAUAUUGUGUGAAGCACGCGGGGCUGUCGGUGAGCGCGGUGGAGGGCUGCGUGCUGGCGGGCGAGGGCGUGGCGCUACAACUGGACUCUGAGUACCACACUAACAACCUCAAGCCUAAGUUUAUACCUACUGUUACCAUAGAUGGGGUAUUUAAUCAAGAUUUUCAAGAUUCUGCAAUGACUGAUCUAAUCGGAACGUUGUGCGCGACUCUCCGCGAGGCGGCGCCCUGUGCGCGGUACUACAACAACCGCGCUUGGGAAUAUAUCUUUCAUAAUUCAACUUGAAAUAUAUACUUUCUAUCUAUUGCUAAAAA